AAGUCCUUCAAACAUCGAUACACAUGUUGUGGACACUGUUGACUUAUUCAGGUCCAGGGUCAGUCCACAGGCUCAGAACUGAUCUGAGCAUUUCAGGCUUUCAGUCCACGGUGUCUCGUCUCCUGCUGUCGGUCUAGUUGUCCUGGAGUUGACAGGAUGUCUGCUCGGUUUCUGGUGGUGGUGUUAGUCUGCGGUCUGGUCAGGGCUCAGGUCCCAGCAGACAGGAAUGAAGACGGAGGGAUUUUAAAGCCUGGGAGGACGACAGAGGAAGAUGUGCGAGUCUUUGUGCAGCAGAUGAUGGCCAGAAUGGAGAGACUGGAGAGAGAGUGUCAGGACACAGGUAAAUCCCAGGUGGCGUUCUCAGCCUCCCUCGUCACAACUACCAAAUGGACCAAUCAGGGGCCUGUCAACAUGGGCACCCCGCUGGUGUUCAAGAAGGUGACGACGAACAUCGGCAACGCGUACAAUCCAGACACGGGCGUCUUCACAGCGCCCACAAAGGGGCUUUACUACAUCCGGUUCACUGGCAGCGCUGGAAACUCUAGGUCCCUGAAUGCAGCGGUGCUGAAGAAUGGCGAGAACAUGUUCGCCAUCUACAACACACUCAGUGAGAAGAGUGCAGAGUCCAACGGCAUGACGCUGGUCCUGGAGGAGGGGGACAGGGUGUGGGUCGUCCUCUGGCCAAACAACAGCAUCUCUGACCAGAGCAGACUGAGCACCUUCACCGGCUUCCUCGUCUUCCCCAUGUAGGUGGAGACACGGAGCCAAGGACACCGUGGAGGUGAGAAUCCACAUCUUAGUCCUAAACUUGAAGGUUUUUGUUGGAAGAGGAUCCAUAAAGUGCAGCGACCUGAGUCACAUGACAUCACACGCUAACAGGAAACACGGAUGAGCCGCAGCUGAAACCUUCACCAGCACCUGCCGUUUUUCAUGUCAUGACCUGGUUCCUGGUACAGGUAUCCACCUGCACCUUCAUCUAAACCUCUGGCUGCUUCAUGUGUUCACCACCUGCUCCACCUUCACACGUCUACACUUCACCUCUGUUUAUGUAGCAGAAAUAAAUUUUUCUGUUCUUAUUCAGAAUAUUUCACAAUUUUAUACUUUACAUACACCAGAAUAAAACCUGAAGCCUUAUCUGUCCCACGUGUU